UAAACAAAUAACAUUAAUCUCAUUCUCCGAAAAAAUAAACGUCAAGCGUGAAUGUUUAAACUGUCAGUGUCACCUGUCAAUUUGAAAUCGAUUAUUACCGAUUUACUUGCACAGAAAGAAAUCUCAAGGACAUGGGGCUGCUCACGGUUUUGAAAAAGUUGAAACAGAAGGAAAAGGAAGUCAGAAUACUAAUGCUAGGCUUGGAUAAUGCUGGAAAGACGACUAUACUCAAAAGAAUGAUUGGAGAACCAAUAGACACCAUUUCCCCUACCCUUGGCUUCAAUAUCAAAACACUUGAGCACCGGGGUUACAAGCUGAAUAUCUGGGAUGUUGGAGGCCAAAAAUCACUACGAUCUUAUUGGCGGAAUUACUUUGAAUGUACCGAUGGUCUUAUAUGGGUUGUAGAUAGUGCUGACAGGCGACGGCUAGAAGACUGUAAAGCCGAACUGUCUAAUCUAUUGCAAGAAGAAAGAUUAGAAGGUGCCAGCCUCCUAAUUUUUGCUAACAAGCAAGAUCUUCCAGGGGCCCUCUCAGCCCCUGAGAUUGCCGAAGUUUUAAACUUGGCAUCCAUAAAAACCCACCAUUGGCAGAUUUACAAAUCUUCUGCUGUUACAGCCGAGAAUUUGCUAGAAGGCAUCAACUGGAUAGUAGAUGAUAUUGCUGCUAGAGUAUUUUAUCUUGACUGAAUGCUAUAUAAAGUUCUGUUAGAGAUUUAAAAGCUAGACACGUUCUCUUUUCAUUAAAAUUCUUAUAUGAUCUAAUAAAUUAUGUCUUGAAAUCAAUUCCACAAAAACAAGGAAGUAUAAAAAUAAUGAAUUUUGAAUUUAUUCAUCACCAUACGUUAAUUCGUGAAUAACUAUUCACGUGCUGAGUUAUUAUUCUUUGUUUUCAGUGAAAAAAAGUUCAUUGAUUCUGUUAAAUAGAGCAGCAAACAAAUCAUUUUUAUCUGCCAAAACUAUUGAAUUAGGAUGCUGGGUUUCUAGUGUUGUGAUUCAUGAAAUUGUACAUUCGUAGAUAGGUCUUUAUAUAAUUUUUAUACAAAGCUAACUUAAUAAAAGAAAUAUUUCUUUUCGCCUUUUGUUACAA